AUGUCUCCCAAAAAUGUUGUCGUUGUAGGCGCCACAGGUGCCCAGGGCGGGUCAAUCGUUACUGAACUUUUGAAGUAUGCCCACGAGUUUCACAUCAGGGCACUCACGCGCGAUGUCAAAAAGCCCUCCGCAUUAGCUCUCUCAGCUCAGGGGGUCGAGGUACAUCCUGUUGACCUCAACGACAGCCUUGAAAAAUUGAUAGAGGCGUUUGAGGGAGCGGAGGUCCUCUAUGGAAUGACGGAUUUCUAUUCCUCGGGCUCCAAAGACAUAGAAACUGCGCAAGGCAAAGCCAUUGCGGAUGCUGCAGCUGCGACUCCAACACUGAAGCACUUCCUGUGGGGCACCUUGCCUGAUCCAGUCAAAGUGUCCAAUGGGAAGUUUCUGAACGUUCAUCACUGGCAAAGCAAAGCCGACGUGACUGAAUAUAUUAAGACCAAGUAUCCUGAUCUGUGGAUAAAGACCACUGCGAUACUGUUCCCGAAUUAUUUCGAGAAUUGUCUGACAAUGCCGAAAUGGUAUCUUCCGAAGAAGGUGAUUUCUACCAAUGUUGUUCCAUCUCGUCGUUCUUGCCUUAUAAAGCCUAAGCACAACCUACUGCAGAGAGCUAAUUUAAGGGUCAAGGAAUCUGGUAUUUACACGCUUUCAUUUUUACAUAGCGAAAAUACUUUGCUACCGAAUGUUUCGAUCACAGACACCGGAAAAUUGGUCCGCCUUGUUAUUCUAAAUGGGGCACAAUACUUUAGAAAGUCCAUUGCAUUCUACGCCGAAGCGCUAUCAGAAGCUGAAAAACUGCGUGAAAUGGGCAGACUCCUGGGUAUCGCGACGGUGUAUAAAUCUAUCACGCCUGCACAAUUCCAAAGCCGCCUCAUAAGUGGUGGAAUGAGCCCAGUGAUGGCUCUAGACUAUACUGAACAACUCCAAAUUUUUGAAGAGUGUGGACAAAUCUAUGAUGAUCCGAAUCUUAUUCAAGCCUUUGAGAUCCCUGGAUUGUCAUUGAAGACUUGGAAGGAGUUCAUCAAAGAGAACGAUGUGCUCGCGAAAUUAGAUCAAUGA